UGGGUAGUGCAGAGGACAUAUAAAGAUCUUGGAAUAGAAUAGCAGAUACAGUUGAGGUUGAACUAUCCUUUUUCAAAUCACUCGACUCAAAUGUUCAACAUUCAGGGCCUCUCAGGGCUCUAUAGCCCCUCAAGCACCGCUUGGGUUUUGCUAGCAGGAAGCCUGGGAACGGUGAGUGCACAUUCUUCCUGGUCCAUGAAAUCAAGGUUGAGCUAAACCACGGUUGUGCCGCGGAAAGAUUCUGUUCUACACAGUUGCUCUUGUCCUGUACAAUGUCUACCUCCAUCCAUUGGCCCGAUAUCCCGGGCCAACGGCAAUGGCAGCCACGCGUAUACCCUACAUGCGGCUCACCAUCGGGGGCCGGUUUCCGCAAACGAUCAAGCAGCUGCAUCAGCAAUAUGGCAAGGUUGUGCGGAUUGCUCCGAAUGAGCUCUCCUUCACUGAUGGUGAGGCCUGGAAGGCCAUCUAUGGGACUCGGCCGGGGCAUGGCCAAAAGGGAAAGGAUUUCCGAUUCUACUCACCCACGGCUGGAGGCGCCCCGAGUAUCAUUGUCUCGAACGAUGCUGACCACUCCCGCUUCCGCCGCUUGAUGGCACAUGGAUUCUCCGAUAGCUCCUUGCGGGGCCAAGAGCCAAUCAUCAAGGGAUAUGUCGAUCUGCUCAUGCAGCGGCUGCGGGAGAAGUGUGAAGAGGGCGAGGUCGUUGACCUAGUCAAGUGGUAUAACUUCACCACCUUCGACAUUAUUGGGGAUCUAGCAUUCGGAGAACCCUUCGAUUGCCUCAAGAACUCCAACUACCACCAAUGGGUGUCGAUCAUCAUGAGCCAGGUCAAAACUGCUGCAUAUGCAAAUGUGGCUCGUCGUCUUCCUGGAUCCCUAGCGCUUCUGAAACUGAUCACGCCCAAGCACAUAAUUGCGGAAAAGGAUAUACAUGCCGCUUUGACGACGGAGAAAGUCCAGGCCCGGCUAAGCAAGACCAAUGACCGACCGGAUUUCUUCAGCAACAUCUUGAAGCAUGAGAAUACCGAAAAAGGAUUCACCACCCAGGAGCUAGUGAGCAAUGGGAGUACGAUCAUCAUUGCUGGCUCGGAAACGACCGCGACUUUACUUUCGGGGGUGACCUACCUGCUAUUGAAAAGUCCCCGUGUGCUAUCCAAGCUCCAAGACGAGAUCCGAUCGACAUUUUCCGACGAAAGUGAGAUCGACCUGGAAUCCUGCAAUAAACUCGAGUACUGCCUUGCUGUCCUUACCGAGGCACUGCGGGUGUAUCCCCCAGUCGGACCGGGGCUUCCUCGUAUUGUUGACGCUCAGGGUGAUAUGAUAGCUGGAAACUGGGUACCAGGGGGUACUAUUGUGUCUAUCUCACAGCUGGCUGCAAAUCACUCUUCCGACAAUUUCACCGAUCCCGAGCGAUUCAUUCCGGAACGUCAUCUUGGGGACCCUCGCUUUGCGAAUGAUAGCAAAACGGCAAUGCAGCCCUUUAGCUUUGGUCCCAGGAACUGCAUUGGACGCAACCUAGCCUAUGUCGAGAUGCGUCUCAUACUUGCCCGCAUGGUCUUCAAUUUUGACAUGGAGCUCGAUCAGCCAGGUUCCGACUGGCUGCACCAGGAAUGCUUUGUCUUGUGGCAAAAGCCAUCUUUGCCAGUCAAAUUAAUCCCCAGACACAAGUAGACAUGGGCAGUGAGGCAUAUUGCUUCUAGGCCCAAGGAAAGGGUGUCUUGGGCUAGGUUCUCAAUGCCCUCGGCUCAUGGUACAAGACUGCUCUUAGCGAUGGUUCAUCAGAGGGACAAGGAAGAAUCGCAAUCUUCGACUUUUGCUGGGUCCUGCCACUUCUUAUUCUGCAUAAAUACAAGCUUGCUGGAUGACUGGCGCUCCAAGAGGCCAGCGUGAGACUACCGAUGAUACCUUCCCUCUCAUUGGCUUGUUCCGGAGACCACAACGUUAGGCUCACUUGAUAGAGAAGCCUCUCAAAAUACACGG